AUGGCAUCUGCCCCGCCUUCCUCCGAGGCCGCAAAUUCCUCGUCGCGGAGAACCUUCACGAUAGGGACACGCAAAUCUAAGCUUGCUCUUAUGCAAACCGAUCUGGUUGUUGCAGCUCUAAAGAAGUCAUGGCCAGAAUAUACAUUUCAAAUACAUUCUCAGGAGACAGCGGGUGAUAAGAAUACAGUUAUUGCUCUCCGCGAAUUCACUACAAAGAACCUCUGGACGCAGGAGUUGGAAGAGCUUUUGAUGGCUGGUGAUGUCGAUCUCAUUGUUCAUUCACUGAAGGAUGUACCAACUCAACUACCUUCGUCAUGUACAUUGGGCCCCAUGAUGGAGAGAGAAGAUACAAGGGAUGUUCUGGUGAUGAAGAAUGGAUUGCCCAAUAUGACCUUCUCCGAGAUGCCCGCAGGAUCGGUCGUGGGUACUUCAUCCAUCCGCCGCACUGCUCAAAUCGCCCGCCGAUACCCUCACCUGAAGGUCCAGGAUGUGCGCGGCAACAUUGGCACUCGGUUAGCGAAACUAGAUGCUGAGGAUAGUCCAUUUACUUGCAUUAUAUUGGCUGCCGCCGGUCUGUUGAGACUAGGACUGGAGGACCGCAUAUCCCAGUACCUUGACUCUAAGAAUGGCGGGAUGCUCUACGCAGUUGGCCAAGGAGCACUCGGUGUUGAGAUUCGCAAAGAUGAUAAGCUUAUGCGUGAUAUGCUCAAGUCUAUCGGUCAUCACGAAACGACUAUGGCCUGCCUCGCAGAGCGCAGCCUCUUGCGAACUCUUGAGGGUGGCUGCAGUGCCCCUCUUGGUGUUGAGACGGAGUGGGUCCAGGGUUCCGAUGGGUCGUCCAGGCUGAGAAUGAGGGCCAUAGUCGUCAGUGUUGACGGUCGUGAAAGUGCUGAGGUUGAAGUAGACGGGUCAGUUGAUACGGCAGAAUCCGCUGAAGAGUUCGGUGUGACCGUUGCGAAGGCACUGGUAGAAAAGGGCGCAGGGGAGAUCCUUGCGGAGAUCCAACGCAAAAAGCUCACACCUUGA